CUCAACUCAAGAGCCUGUUGCCGCUAAACUUCAAAAAUUGCCUUCAGAAACUCGCGAAAUUCUGUACAAAAUCUACAUUUCAUAGUUCCACGCUUACAGUGUCUGCAAAAAUGGAAGAGUAUUUGCAGUGCAUGAAGACUCUCCGCACUCAAAUGAACGAUGUGGAGGAUCAAGCAGCUAAGAUAACAGCCGAAGAGCAAAUGCAAAUCACGAUACUGCAAAAUCUCGAAAAUGAAAUUAACUCAGUGAAAUGUCAGACAAGCCAUCUCAGAGAGGAAAUUGCUAGGAUAUUGGAGAAAAGGGGGCAGAUCUGUUCAGUGAUCUUGGAAAAGCAAAGAAAAAUUGCUUCUCUAGAAGCUGAUUCAUCCACCCUCAACCAGACAUUGGAGCUCCUUCAACAAGAGAGAAACAACAUGUCAGCAAAACUUAUUGAGAAAAGUGAUUAUUAUGCUAAGACUGUUAAAGAUGUAACUGCUCAGCUAGGAGAACAGCAGGGUUGGAUCAGAAAUGGCAAAGAGAACUCGUGCGAUAGAGAGCAUCGCGAGGUGAUGGACAAAAUUGGUGAGGAAACAGGUGAAUUUGAAGAGAAUCAGGAUAAUAUGACAGAAAUCCUAAAGAUGAAUAUGGAAGAUGCUAGAACAAAGCUAAACCAGCUGAGUGAGCUGAAGUCAAAACUUGUCAUGGAGAACAGCCAGGUAAGGAGAUCUCUUGAGCUUGUGAAGUCAAAGAUGACGAAUUUCAAGGCACCACUUAGGGAAAUGGAUAGCAAAUCCUUAGAAGAGGAGUACGAAGCACUUCUCUCAGACAAAGCUGGAGAGGCAGAGUAUCUGCAGUCUUUACAACUCCAGAUUGCAAAAUUGAUGAGAAUUUCCCACAGUAUCAAAUGUUCUUGUGGAGAGGAGUUCAAGAUAGACAUGGAUCUUUGUGCAUGAAAAUAACCAGGGUCAGGCAAGUACUUCAUCUAGCAAAGUGGUGGAGUUUCUUUAGUGCUAAACAGGUACAUUUGUUCAAGACAGUUCGAGAGCAAUGGGGAAGAUAAUGCAGGGACACUGUAGCAGUUGUUGAGAUGGCAAUAUAAUGUGUACUCUGUUGCAGUAGUAGCUGUGUUCGAUGUAAAAGAUACUAACUGAAUGCUAAUAGAGUUCUGCUUGACUGAAUAACAUAUGCAUGACUGAACGUAAGCUGAUUCUUUCUCGUAUGGAGAAUUGGAUAUUUCAUCAUAUUUGUUUUAACUUUGUGAUAUUUCAGAAAGCAAAGUCUAAUAGAAAAGAAACUUCGUCAUCUAUUCCGACAACUUAGAUUACUACAUUUAUGGAGGUGCACAUUUGGUUCAACA